GCACAUUGCAUAGUAUGAGCACAGAACCCUUGAUAAAAAUCUCAUUCAGGCAAAAGAAAUAGAAUAGAGCCUACGGAGCACUGAGCCAAAGGCAUCUAAAUCGAAUCCAUCGUAAUAGCUCUCAAAGAUGUUACGGAUUUGCGCCAUAUUGUGCGUCAUCUUGGUCUCUGGUACGCUCUCGAUGCCUCCAGGCCGGGGCGAUGGACCUGACGGCAAGGACACUGGCAACGGGCUGCGUAAGGGGUGGGGCGCCGACGGUUUACCCAUAGGACUGGACCCUGAUAAUUACCUCGAGAAGUUUGGAUACCUCAUUCGACGAGGGAAAGGUUCAGGUAUCCAACACAGCGACGAGUCCAGGAAAGCAGGAAUCAGACAAUUCCAGAAGAGGUUGAAGCUAAAAGAAACUGGUGUUCUCAACGAAGAGACCCUGACCUGGAUGACAAAACCACGAUGCGGCAUGCCUGACCAGGUUCCCGAUGGCUCAGACCUGAUGUUGGACGGUGAUGAAUUCGGUCCCGCUUCUGACGACGCGGGGCAAAUUGCCCAGUCAUUUUCAGUACCAGGGUCAAAAUGGAGUAAGAAAUCAAUGACAUACAGAAUCCAUAACUUUUCACCAGAUUUGGACCAGGGCACCCAAAGGAGAGCAAUCUGGGAGGCCUUCAAAUACUGGAGCGAUGUAGCUGACCUGCAAUUUUCAGAAACCACCGGCGAGGCAGACAUCAACAUCAAGUUCACCUACAGCGAACACGGUGAUGGAAGCUACAAUGCUUUUGAUGGACAGGGUGGAGUUCUUGCCCAUGCCUUCUUUCCCGAGAACGGCGAGACCCACUUCGACGAGUCCGAGACCUGGACAGAUGGAGAAGACCGGGGAACUAACCUGGCCAUUGUAGCUGCGCACGAACUAGGUCACGCCCUUGGUCUUGGCCAUUCAGAGAUUGGUGAAGCCUUGAUGGCACCUUAUUACCAGGGAUACAUACCAAACUUUCAACUCCAUGCUGAUGAUAUCGCUGGUGUUCAGAAACUGUAUGGUCAAAAGCAAGAAGCCACUGAUCCACCAUUAACUACCACAACCACCACUCCAUCUACCACCACAACUGAGGAGCCUGAAGAACCACCAACUGAGAAACGAACAACAAAGCAGCCGCCUAUAAUUGUCGUGGCCACUGAGGAGCCUGUCACUGAGAGCGUGGUGGUGGAACCAACCACAAUCUCAACGCCAACAUUUACAGAAGAUCCAUCAGCCCCUGACGAGUGUACGACCAAAUUUGAUGCCGUUUUCCAAGGUCCCGAUUACAAAAUCUACAUCCUGAAAUACAAGUGGGUAUGGCGUCUGAAAGGUAUGGCGAUCGACGAGAGCUUCCCCACAUUGACUUCAAAUGUCUUUUCGCCACCUGUCCCAACCAAUAUUGGAGGAGCCGUAUUUUCGAGUAGGACAGGCAGACUAUACUUUUUCAAAGGAAAGAGGGUUUGGCGUUAUCAGUAUCACAGUGGAAACAGCUCCUUCACACUGGAUUUUGGUUUCCCAAUGACCGUGGCCGGCGAUGUUUAUCCCGACCAUGUCGAUUCUGCAAUGACGGACAGGUCUGGAAGGAUCUAUCUGUUUAGGAAUGAUAAUUUCUACCUGUUUAGCGAGUACCAACUGACAGUGGAUGCAGCCCGACCAAUCAGUGGUUAUUUCUCAGGAGUGCCCAAUGGAAUUGAGGCUGCUGUGACCCUACGGGAUGGCUAUACAUAUUUUUUCAAAGGCACAAACUAUCGAAAGUAUCUGACUGGUUAUGGAGUUGUUGAUGGACCAGUGGCCAAGGCAGGUCCAUGGAUGGGCUGUGGGGAGGGACACCAGCCAAAAUAGACAACAUUGGCCAGCUUUAGAGUGUGUUUUUUCUUAGCUUUGUAUACUAACCAAGUCUGAGGGUUAUAUUUGAAGAACAGCCAUCUGAUCAACAAAGGUACCAAUGACCGUCAGCAGUGAACGAGACACAGCCGAGCACUGUUGCUAUGGCCUGAUUUGAAGAAAAAGAAAAAGUUAUCUAGAUUCCACUGUAUUAGAGUCCAGUGAUGUACACUUCAUUGUA